UCCCAGCCAUGCUGUGCCUGGCUCAAGCUGUCCAUCCAAGCUGCUGCCCACCAACAUCCACAAAGGCUCUGAUGGGGCACGUGGAGGUAUUGUUGCCGCCCCAGUAGGCAACCCCUCGACUUCACAGCCCCAUGGGAGCAGCAUCAGCCCGUUCAGCCACCGUAGCCAGCCCUGAGCCACACUCAUAUUUUCCAGUGUUUAGAUUUUAUCCACUUUAUUAAUGAGGCAGGCAAGAGGUCCAAGCCUGGAGGGGGAGGGGAAGGGGCUACUCGAGCCCAGCUGAGGAAGGGGAUCAUGGGGCCAGACCAGCUGUCUGGGAGUGCCCCUCUUAGUGAGAGGAGCUGAAGCUUGAAUGGUGGGGGUGUCUGCUCCCCAGCCCUCUCAGUGGGUGAGUAUUGAGUGGAGCAGCCCCUGGUGGCCAAAGCUCACAGCUGACAGACGGGAGGAGGUUCAGAGGCUGGAGGAGACUGGAGCUGGGAGCCGCCCCUGGAGGGAGGGGAGGGGAGAGGGGAGUGGCCUUCAGAGUGCUAGGGUGUAGCAGUGCUGGCGCAGCUGGCAGCAGGAGCUAAGCAGCAGAUGAUGGGGACCCAGCGUCCCAGGCAGCGCUGGGUAAGAAGGCUGGGGUGAGGGUCUCUGGUGGGGGAGGAGCGCAUGGAAGGAUAGAGCUUCGGCUCCUCAGACUGCGCUGUGUUCCUUGACUCUCAGCCUUCCUGUCUCAGUCCAUCCUCUCUCCCAGUGUGACUCAGUGGGUGGCCCUGCCCUCCUAGCCCGCACCACCAGGAUAUCAAGAAAUGGGUGGUCCGCAAUCAGCCUUGAGGUUUCCAGCAGGAGUGGAGCUGUGGGUGUUUAGGGUGAGCCACAGUAGUGGUCAGGGGUUGGGCCUGGGUGAAAGACAGCAGUGAGCUGUGGCAGUUGUGGGGACAGAAAUGGGACCGUGAAGACAGGUAUGUGACUGGGGACAGAAGUGGCUAUGGGGAGGAGCCAUUUUGGAAGAGAGAUGACUGUGUUAGCAGAGACGGGACUUUGGGUGUAAGGGUAUGAUGGAGUCCAGGUAACGGUGAUGCUCAGAGGUCAGUAGGAGGGCUAGAGGGCCAGGCAUAUGUUGGGUAUAAAAAUGGGAGGUGAGGACAAAUGGGAGCUGAACCUGUGAUGUGUGAGAAGGGGCUGGUGAAGGCCAGAGUGAGAUGGAGAGCAGAAGACCUGGGGAGAGGCGCCAGAGCGUCAGGGUGGGACAGCCAGGAUCGCUGGGGUGCCCUGGACAGAGAGACCAUGGAAGCAAGCCCCGGGGUCUGACGGGCCCUCGUGAUCAGAGAUGGGGACUGCAGACUGGUGCCAACCUCACCUUGCCCUCCUGUCUUCUCCCCAGCCCCAACCUUGGCACCCGACAUGAGCUCUUGUGGGGUCUUCAACUUGAGCCUGCUGGGCGAGGCCACCACGUGUACAGCACUUGGGGCCCCCAACGCCUCGGCCCCGCCAUCAUCAGGCCUUCUGAGCAUGUCGCCGGCACUGCCCAUCUUCUCCAUGACGCUGGGUGCCGUGUCCAAUGUGCUGGCGCUGGCACUGCUAGCACAGGCCGCAGGUCGCCUGCGACGCCGUCGCCCAGCCGCCACCUUCCUGUUGUUCGUUGCCAGCCUCCUGGCUAUCGACCUGGCGGGCCAUGUGAUCCCAGGCGCGCUGGUGCUGCGCCUGUACACAGCCGGGCAGUCCCCAGCCGGCGGCGCCUGCCACUUCCUGGGCGGCUGCAUGGUCUUCUUUGGCCUAUGCCCGCUGCUGCUGGGGUGCGGCAUGGCGGUGGAGCGCUGCGUGGGCGUCACGCGGCCACUGCUGCACGCGGCACGAGUCUCGGCGGCCCGUGCGCGCCUGGCACUGGUCGCGCUGGCCGCGCUGGCCUUGGCAGUGGCGCUGUUACCUCUGGCCAGUGUAGGGCACUAUGAGCUGCAGUACCCUGGCACAUGGUGCUUUAUUGGGCUGGGUCCGGCAGGCGGCUGGCGCCAGGCGCUGCUUGCCAGCCUCUUUGCCGGUCUGGGUUUGACCGCCCUGCUUUCCGCACUCGUGUGCAACACGCUGAGCGGCUUGGCCCUGCUGCGCGCCCGCUGGCGCCGCCGCUCUGUUCGGCACCCCCUGCCUUCCCGCACCGACAGCCGCCGUCGCUGGGGAGCCCGCGGAUCCCGUUCUGCCUCGGCUUCGUCGGCCUCAUCCAUGGCUGCCACCGCUGGCGGCUCACCGAGACGUGGUUCAUCGCGCAGAGCCCGCACUCACGACGUGGAGAUGGUGGGCCAGCUCGUGGGCAUCAUGGUGGUGUCGUGCAUCUGCUGGAGUCCGCUGCUGGUGUUGGUGGUUCUGGCUGUUGGGGGAUGGGGGUCCAGCUCCCUGCAGCGACCACUGUUUUUGGCUGUGCGCCUAGCCUCUUGGAACCAAAUUCUGGACCCCUGGGUGUACAUCCUGCUGCGGCAGGCCGUGCUGCGCCAACUGCUCCGGCUCCUGCACCCGAAGGCCACUGCCCAGGGCAGCCCCGCGGAACUACGCCUAAGCAGGAGCACCUGGGAGGCCAGUUCAUUGCGCAGCUCGAGGCAGUGGCCUUAGCCGCUUAUUAGGUGCGCCUGGAGUUUCAGCUGCUCAGCUUUCUGGCGCAGCGUGGAGCCUUUGGAGGCGGGGAUCGGACUAAAACCCUUUUGUUAACGAGCCCAGCGGAGUAUGUCCCGGCGGAGCUGCAGCACUCAAGAGGCCACUUGGUGGAGGCAGAGGCGCGAGCCAGCCUCACUGGGGAGUGCAAUUCCGGAACUUGCCGCGAGGGGGCGAAGUGUGCUGGAGGUGUCCUGGCACACUGGCGGCCGCAAGUGGGGGUUGGUGGGGUGGGCUCGGAUGGAAGCCUUUGUAGACGCCACCGCCAGGACAGCCUGCAACCAUUCCUCAUUAUGGUCCCGAGUUCGGCCCAAACCACCCGGAAGCCCAGAAGUCCCUUAAUACAGCUCUGAACCCCCUCCCACCAAGGCCUGCUCACACUACAUAUAGUAAAGAGCUGGGAACCUCCACCCACUCCUCACCCUCUUCAAAUGACCCUCUGCCACAACCCAGGGCAUCUCCCGGCCAAU